GAUCUAGAGAUGCUCAAGAAGGACUUCGCCAGGGAGAUACGGCACGCUGGUCUGAUGGGCCCAACGGAGCCGAGGAAGGAUUUGCGAGUAAUCUUGAGGAAAAUAUGGGACGUGAUCAUGCUACCCCAUCGUUGAUGGUCCUCCAGCAUGACCUCAAAUUGCGGCGCCGGUCUCGAAUCUGGCUGUGUCCCACAGCAGCCUUCACAUCCAUUCCUCUCCAUGCAGCUCACCCCUUUCGGACCAAGGCAGAUCGUUCUGGGCAAGAAUCAUCCCUAGAGGAUCUUUACAUCUGCUCUUACACGCCAACGCUGUCGGCUUUGAUCCGGUCUCGACAGAUGAUGAAGAACCAUGCGCCUCCAUCCUUCGCGGCAAUUGGGCAAAGUCAACCAGGUGCUGGGCAAGGCACGGUGCUCGCCGAUGUUGACAACGAGCUUGAGCUCAUCCAUAAACUUGUUCCCCCCAACAUCAAGUUCACCAAUAUAUCUGGCGACGAGGCUACACAGGCAGGUGCACUUGAUGCUUUGCGAUGCAACACUUGGGUGCACCUCGCUUGUCAUGGCAAGCAGGACCACGAGCAGCCAUAUCACUCACGUUUCGCCAUGAGAGAUAAACCUCUGAAGCUGCUUGACAUCAUGGAGAACAAUGCUCCGCAAGCCGAAUUCGCAUUUUUAUCAGCGUGUCAUACUGCCGUCGGCGAUGAGGAGACACCUGACGAAGUCAUCCAUCUCGCUGCUGGUCUACAAUUUUCGGGGUUUAAGAGUGUCAUUGGAACUCUUUGGGCGGUCGAUGACGCUGUCGCAAAACACGUCGUUGAGGCUUUCUAUCACAAAAUGUUCGAAAAUUUGGAGGACGGUGACAUGGACUGUACGAAGGCGGCCUUGGCACUUAACCACGCUACGCGCACCGUGCCAAAGAAGGAAGUGCCGCUUGAGCAGAGAAUGGUAUUCAUUCAUAUUGGUGUGUAGCUCCAUAUAUAUUGCUUUCAUCGAGUACAGAUUCAUAAGUUCGAGUCGUUGAUCCUUUGUUCUCUUUAGAGUCAUCCAUGUUGAACUUAUAGUUGUUUGUAGAAAUUUUCCUGAUACAUUAUCUUGCCCUCUACGUAGUGAUCUCCUUUCGCAUUCUCGUCGGUGCUGUUGUCUGCUGUAGAGUCUGUAGCAAAAUCACGAGGAUUCAGGUGAACACUUCGUCUCGAGGGUCAUGGUUGCCCAGACUCCAGAG